CGAGCAGCCAAUGAGAAAGCCAGAAGCCAGUGACGUCUAUUUGGGUGUGUUUCACGGCUACUCCAAUCGCACGCCCCACUCAGUCAAGGUUGGUUAGAUCGCAGGGCCAGAAGAACUGCUGCUGUCACUUCAGAAGCCUAGUCGUCUAUCCAGCACCAUGGGAAAGAAGAGUCGGGUGAAAACUCAGAAGUCGGGCUCAGGAGCCAGCGCUGUGGUUUCCCCCAAGGAGAUGAUGAACCUCAUCUCUGAGCUGCUGCAGAAAUGCAGCAGCGCAGCGCCCCCUGCUGGUAAAGAGUGGGAGGAGUACAUCCAAAUCAGAGGCCUGGUGGAGAAGAUCCGCAAGAAACAGAAGGGCAUGUCCGUUGUGUUUGACGGCAGCAGGGAGGACUACUUUCCAGACCUGAUGUCCUGGGCGCAGGAGAAUGGAGCGUCCUGCGACAGCUUCACGGUGGCCGACUUUGGAGCAGAGGGCUACGGCCUGCGGGCCACCAGGGACAUCAAGGCAGAGGAAUUGUUCCUGUGGAUCCCCAGGAAGAUGCAGAUGACCGUGGAAUCAGCUCAGAACUCUGUGCUGGGUCCUCUGUACAGCCAGGACCGGAUCCUGCAGGCCAUGGGUAACGUGACGCUGGCCCUCCACCUGCUGUGUGAGCGGGCCAACCCUGCUUCACCCUGGCUGCCGUACAUCCACAGUCUUCCCCAAGAAUACGACACACCGCUCUACUACCAGCAGGAGGACGUGCAGCUGCUGCUGGGAACUCAGGCGGUACAGGAUGUUCUGAGCCAGUAUAAGAACACGGCACGACAGUACGCGUACUUCUACAAACUAGUACAGACUCAUCCUGCUGCCAGCAAGCUGCCCCUGAAGGACAGCUUCACGUUUGACGACUACAGGUGGGCGGUGUCCUCUGUGAUGACCCGUCAGAACCAGAUCCCUACUGAGGACGGCAGCCGGGUCACUCUGGCCCUCAUCCCCCUCUGGGACAUGUGUAACCACACAAAUGGACUGAUCACCACCGGCUACAACCUGGAAGACGAUCGCUGUGAGUGUGUGGCGCUGCAGGACUACAAGGAGAAUGAACAGAUCUACAUCUUCUAUGGCACGAGAUCCAAUGCUGAGUUUGUCAUCCACAACGGCUUCUUCUUCCAGGAUAAUGCCCACGACCGAGUUAAGAUCAAGCUGGGUGUCAGUAAGAGUGAACGCCUCUACGCCAUGAAAGCCGAAGUGCUGGCACGAGCUGGCAUCCCAGCGUCCUGUAUCUUUGCUCUGCACUGUAGUGAACCUCCAAUAUCAGCCCAACUCCUCGCCUUCCUGAGAGUUUUCUGCAUGACAGAGGAGGAGCUGAAGGACUACCUUCUUGGAGAUCGUGUCAUCAAUAAGAUCUUCACUCUGGGAAACAGUGAGUUCCCUGUCAGCUGGGACAACGAGAUCAAGCUGUGGACUUUCCUGGAGACUCGAGCUGCUCUGCUGCUCAAGACCUACAAGACCACCUCAGAGGAGGAUCAGUCUAUGCUGGAAAAACCGGAUUUAUCUCUUCACUCCCGCUUGGCCAUUCAGCUCCGCCUGGCUGAGAAGCAGAUCCUGGAGAAGGCAUCAGCCAGCGGUCGGGCCAAACGUCUGCACUUCCAGAAGAAGCAGGAGGAAGGUGCUCUGCUGCCGCGCUAUGAGGAAAGCGAUAUUGCUCUGCUUGAAAACACUGACUCGGAUGCAAAGCUUCCUAUUAUCUUGCGCAAGUUGGAGGAGGUGGAGGAAGGCCAGGAGAUCCCGAUGGAGGAGCACAGUCCCUUCCUGAACGGGGAGAAGGCCAUGUAUGGGACGAAUGUGGAGGCCAAUGGAGGGAAAGUGCAGGAGGAGACUCAGAAGGUCAGCCAAGAUGUUGAUUCAGCUUUGGCCUCCAUUGGAAUUUCAAACCAGCACGGCCAAAGGGAAGUGGGUAACCUAAGUGCCAGUCGAACUGAAGAUAAUCCCAAAGAGAACAGUGAAUAAAUCUAUUCCACUUACUGCCACAACCCAUGCUAUUUAUUUAUUUUUGUGUCUCUUAAAUGACUCAGAAAUAUAGAAGCUGAAAAAAUUGAUUGAAAGUCAGAACUGUUUCGACUGUACGUUCAUCCAGCGUGGCUUUUUUUUUAGUUGUCCGCUGCUGGACUGUCUCUUGGCCUUCGUGCAGAAGAGGUUUUGGUUUAAAUUAGCUUUUGGUUAAGUUUGAAGUGUAGGAAGCUGUUUGAGGCUUACAGCAUGGGAAGAGAAGAAGAGGGACACCACAGAAAGAAUAGGUUCCAGCAGAAAGUUAGAGAAGAAACAAACAGCUAAAGUGAGUUAGAUGAAAAUUAUUUCCACGAAGCCAAAAUCUCACUGAUGGUGUGAAUUAGUUUGUUUCUGGCUGCAGUUUGUCUCCAGCUGUGUUCGGUAUGUUUUGAGUUGACAAUCGUGUUCUGUGGUGCAUCGUGGGGUGUGCUGCUGAGUGAAGACCAUCACUGCCCUCUAAUAAACCAUUCUAAGGUUCAAAAAGGACUGAAGGACACAAAGUUUUCUGUUUCCAGUCGAUGUCAGCUGUUAUCUCUCUCUAGGACAGGCUUCAUGGAAGAUGGUUUUGUUUUCUCAAUGAAAAAUACUUGUGUUUUAAUUCUCUUUAUGAAUGUACUGUGUUGUUUAAACUGCAGUGACUUUCCAUGGAGGUCAGUGAAGGGAUGUUGCCCCUGAUAAAGCCAUAAACCCCACUGAGAGGCAGAAAGGUGUGUGCUACGUGUGUUUUCCUGUUGAAGCUUUCUGUUCGACUGCCUUAAAAUGAGGCAGCUGCAUCUUGACACUUUGUGUACUAAACAAGACGGCGAUAUCGUGGAUGAAUAUUUUCUGGUUGGUGUUAACUGGAGGGGUGACCCGAUAACUGUGGGCUCUGACUGAAAACCUGACAGCCACGGCGUCCUGGAGGAAAUAAUGAGGAACUUUGGCCAUAUAUGUUAUCACUUCCAGCAUUUUAUCAGAUGCCAGGAUGUGACUGAUUAUUGCCAGCUAGUUUUUGAACUUAGAAAUAAUAGUAUAAAUGGAGUACUAUCUAAGAUUUUACAUAGCUUAGUGGGUUUAAAUGAGUUCAGAUAGAUCUAUAUAAGCUGGUAUUAAAAUUGUGCUGUCUGCUGGGUCAUAUGUAACAUGAAAAGGCUGUACAGCAGUACCAAAGAUAGAGGACUUCUAGAAACAUCUCAGCUCCAUAGGUUGCUCUGGCAGGUCUUUGAUUUGGAAGUUUCCUCUUCAGUUCAUCUCAUAGUUUUAUUCUAAUUCAAAGGAUUUCAGCACUGUUAUUAAAGCAAAGAUAUCAGCCAGCAGAUACGGGAAAUCUGUCGGCACUGUUCUGGAAAUCUGGCCCUGGUGGGAAAUCAAAGCUGCUGCAGUUAAACAACAGCUUUAAUGUGCUGCUGUACACAUAUGAUAGCAUGAGCAGCAGUUUGAGCUGAAAGCAGCAGUUACAGAUGUGAAUAAACGUUUACAUCCACCGCUGAAGGCCGUGCGCAUCAUCACAGUCUUGAGUGUCCAAUGACUCCUGCUCUUCAUGUUCUAUGAUGACUGACUCAUUGUAGUGUUUGUUCCUGAGUCUACUGAUGGUCCCUGUUUAAAAUGGCCCAGAGGAGUCAGCAGCUCUAGUCGACUGUAAUUAGAAAGCUAAGAGGCCACAGCACUAGCACCAGUGCUAUGUCUUAGUGAUAUUACAUCAAUGUGAUUAACAGCUUUCUACGUCGCCAAAACUGAUCAUUCAAGUUGAUGUUUGUAUAUUUUUGUCAUAUUUCCAGAAGAUCUAUAAUAAAUCUAUGAAAGAACCAAAAUGCAUGAUUGUUUUUUGUGACAAAGAUUCAUGUGUUUCACUGAUUGCAUUUUAGAAAAUUAGGGAUUCAUUGGAAACUCAAGACUGUUGAGAUACGCAACAGUGUAGUGAGUGGAGAAAAUGGAUGUGAUCAAAGAGUCAUCCAUAAAACCACUGCUGAGUCCUUCGAGCUGAGCUUCUUUUUUUUUUUUAAUCACUUACUGUAGUAAAGUUGCAUCUAAACAUUUUCCUGAUGAGUUUACGUCUGUCGCUGGUUUCCAGAAUGUUUGAAUACAGAACGGGGUUUAUUUAUUUAGUAAAUCCUGGUUGCGUUUAGAAGAAAACAGAUGAUAAAGCAGACUAUGUUUUAGGUUGGAGCUACCAUAAAGCCAUGAGUCGUGCUCUCAGCUCGACAACGGCCAAAUUCUAGACUUGAGACUUCAUAUCAGUUGUUUAAAAACCAAUGGGUGACUCCACCUUUGCUGUUCCAGUCUUUUCUAUACAGUCUAUGGUUUAUAUCCAGUGGAUUCAGCUGGGUGAAACCUUAGUACUGAAUAGAGUAAUGUAAUCGUUUUAAAUGUAGAUUUUCAUAACCCAGUUUGAAGUAACAGAAUGAAGUGUGUCACUGAUGCUCACUAGUUGAAGUUUCUGUAAACAUGGUUCCAGUUGUGAACCUUUAAAACGGUAAUCAGAGAGCUGUAUCCUCUAAUCAGAUGUGAGGUGUGAAUUUACUCACAUAUGUUCUGCUGGAUUGACCUCCUGCUUUCACAAAUCCAUUCUUCACAAUUAGCUUUGUUGUCGUCUAUUUGCAUUUUCACAUCUGGCAGAUACAAACCUGUGAAAGCAGCCUCUUAUUGUAAACAGUUAUCAGCUGAAGUAGUCAUUUCAUGUGAUUUGUUGACUGAAAGGGAAUGAGCAAACCUGCAGAUUUAGCAUAGAGUCUAUGUUUUAAUGUGAAGUAGAUGAUCAUCCAAAAGACUCAUGAAGGAAUAACUCUUCAGACUGUGAUUGGUCAGGCGGUGGCAGGAAGUCACUGCUGCCUAAAACAGAUAGUGGAAAUGACAUUUUAAAAUGUUAUCAUCAUUCAGAUUUGUUGUCCGGAUGUUGUGCUGCCAUCAGUUUUCUGGCCAAUUUAUGAUCAAUUGAAAUAUUUACAUACAAUUGUAGAAUUGAUUUUUAGGCAUGAAUCGAUUGAUUGGUUUCUAUUUUAUAGUCAGAGAACCGACUAGUUGUCUCCGCAGCAGUUUGAUUUUAGUGGCAGGUAUGUGUUGGAACUAGCCUAGCCUAGCCUAGCCUAGCCUGGUUUUAUGCGAAGAGGUGCUCAUCACUUCCCAGUUCCUGCUCUGUUCUCUACGAGACAUUUAUAGAUUCUCUCAUCUAGUCCACAGUAGGAGAGCGAAAUUUCUCAAAAGCUACAUCUUGACGUAUUGCAGUUCUGCUAAAGUGGUUCUAGAGUCACUUUACAACAUGAAAUGUCACCUUUCAACUGUCCAGGUUUCCUGUAAGUGGAUAUAUGUGCUCAGACUGAGAUGUCUGAUGAAUAACAGCACCGUAGGUAACCUCUAUAUAAACAGGAAUAAGUACUGUGACUAUCGGUGAGCCUCAUCUUUAGCUUGGUCAUUUACAAAUGUACCAUUUAAAAUGUGAGUUGGGGUCACUCCUCAUUAACCCACAGAGUUCUGGAGAGUUCUGUGUUGCUAACGGAGGCCUGCUGGUGGUGUGAAAGCGGCAUCAUAUUCCUGUUUCAGUGGUUAAAACCACCCAGAGUCAGUCGUGUCCCGCUGAGGUCAGACGUCGCCGAGCGCUUUGUACCGCUCCAUGUUCUUCUUCUGAAUCCUGUUUCACGUGUCUUCUGUGGCUCGAGCACUUUUCCUUCACAAAUCUGUAUUUUUAUGCAACUGUUUACCUUUUACCGACCUUAGUGGUGACAUCCACUCUGUUUGCUGCUUUUCUAAAGAACUCUGUAUCGCCUGUGUGAGAGAGAGCGAGAGCGAGAGAGAGCUCUAAGCUUUAACCAGACUCAACAAGUCCUGGAUGGAAGCGUUUUUCUCCAGCUGAACCAGACUCACUCUGCAGCUGAAGGAAUCUUGUCCUGAGGCUGUCAGCGUCCACCGGCCACAGAUUAAACUUCACUCAUUUCUCA